AUGACUGCUCCACUUAAUCUAGAAGAAGGACAAUCUUCAACCAGACCUCCUUGUUUCAAUGGGCACUUCUACAGUUGGUGGAAAGUUAGAAUGCAUGAUUUCCUCAUGGCUGAAGAUAGUGAGGUAUGGGACAUUGUCUUAGAUGGACCAUUUAUUACAAUGAUUGAAGAAAAAGAUGGAGAAAAAACUAGGCUUGUUCCAAAGCUUAGACAAAAAUAUGAUGAAGCUGAUAGGAAGAAGAUCAAAAAAGGUUACGAGGCAAAGACUAUUCUUGUCUUUGGGAUAGGGCCAGAUGAUUUGAAUCGUGUCUCAGCCUGUGAGUCUGCAAAAGAAACUUGGGACUGCUUGAAAACAACUCAUGAGGGAACUGAACAAAUGAAAGAAGGAGAAAACAUUCAUGAGAUGUUCACUAAAUUGUCCUCCAUUACCAAUGAGUUGAGAAGCCUUGUAGAACCUAUCAGCAUGAGCAAGCAAGUCAUGAAAGUGCUUCGAAUCCUUCCAAAGUCUUGGGAAAGCACGGUUGAUUCUAUUACUGAAGCAAAAGAUCUGAAAGUGCUGACAAUGAAUGCUCUCAUUGGAAAUCUGAAGACUCAUGAGAUGAAUCAAAAGCAUGAUCAGUCAAAGAAGGAAGUCAAAAAGGAUAAGUCCUUGAUGUUGAAGUACAAAUCUGAAGAGGACUCUAGUGAUGAUGAUAUGUCUUACCUCAUCAAUAUAUUUCAAAAGAUUGUUAGAAAGAACAAAGGUGAUAGAGAGAAGAGAAGGGACCUGGUACUAAAUAAAAAUGAUCGUAAAGCUGCAGCUGACUAUGUGGUCAAAAAGGCUCUUACUGCAUGGGGAGACUCUUCAAGUGACUCAGAAGAUCCUGAUGAACCAAAUGAUGUGUCAAUGGUGGUGGUUCAUGAAGAGGAAACCAUAUUCAAUGAAAUGUUUGCUUUCAUGGCUCAUUCAGAAAAUGAAGAAGAGGAGAACAAGGUAACUCUUCUUGAUAUAAAACAUGAUCUAAAUAUUUAUUCUCUUAAAAAAUUGAGAACAUUAGCAAAUGUUAUGAUUGAUUCAGUAAUUGAGUUAACCUCUGAAAGAACCAUUAUGAAUGCUGAGCUUGACAGUUUAACUGAAAAUAAAGUUAAAUUGGAAGAGAAAAUGUUGAAAAUGGAAGAUAAAAUGGCUUCUCUAGAAUCUGACAAGACUGAACUUAAAAACAGUUGUCUCAAAUAA